GGGCUAGAAAGGCACGCUUUGGCGUACCCAGGAAGUGGGCGGGGGUAAAGCGGCUUCCGCUUCCAUCCCUUCAGACACGAGGAUCCCGGGAGCCAAGCUAGCGGGAAAAUGAGGCCUUUGACCGAAGAAGAGACCCGGGUAAUGUUUGAGAAGAUUGCGAAAUACAUUGGAGAGAAUCUGCAGCUCCUGGUGGACAGACCCGACGGCACUUACUGUUUCCGGCUGCACAACGACCGAGUGUACUAUGUGAGUGAGAUGAUCCUGAAGCUGGCCGCCAACAUCUCCGGAGAUAAGCUCGUGUCCCUGGGGACGUGUUUUGGGAAGUUUACUAAGACCCACAAGUUCCGGUUGCACGUUACAGCGCUGGACUACCUUGCACCCUAUGCCAAGUAUAAAGUGUGGAUAAAGCCAGGAGCAGAGCAGUCCUUCCUGUAUGGAAACCACGUGCUGAAAUCCGGUCUGGGUCGAAUUACUGAAAACACAUCUCAGUACCAGGGAGUAGUGGUUUACUCCAUGGCAGACGUCCCUUUGGGUUUUGGAGUGGCUGCAAAGUCUACCCAAGACUGCAGAAAAGUGGACCCCAUGGCAAUUGUGGUGUUCCAUCAAGCAGACAUUGGGGAGUACGUACGCCAUGAAGAGACAUUGACUUAGGACGGUCAUCCCAAGAACAUUUUGUGUGUGAGCGGACUUAGCUUUGUUUCCUGUGCGCAGGCCAUCCUGUUAAGUCUGGAGAACACUGAGAGAUGAAGCUUGGAUUCGUAUCAACAGAAAUGGCUCAAAAAUAGGGUUUCUGGCCCUCUAGAGUCAAAAGCAGGUGGAUCACAAGUAUAAGGCCAGCUCAGGCUACUUGGCAAGUUCAAGGGUAGCCCGGGCUACAUAGUGAGACGUGUGAGUGUUUGUGUGAGUAAAUGGAGUGUUUCUCUCUGUAUCUGCAUCGUCUUUGUUUGGAUUAGAAGACUUGUUCUGAGUGCGUCUUCUUACUUCACUGAGGACAGCAGCAAUCUUACCGUUAUCUGUGAUAACACUGUUUGCCAAGCUCAUAAUAGCACAGUGGACAUUCUGUUUGUUAAUAUUAAAGGUAGAAACAGCCAUAUAAGGAUAGAUGGCCAUGCCUGUGGUUUUACAUAUGGAAUUUAAUAAAGUUUAAUGGGUUUAUAUUUUUUAUAUGGGUGAAUGUUUUGUUGGCAUGUAUGCAUGUGCACUGCUUAUGUGCCUGGUGCCUAAGGAAGUCAGAAGAUGGCUUCAGAUCCGGAACUCGAGUUACUGGUUGAGAGCCACCAGUAUAGGUGCCAGAAAUUAAACCCAGGUCCUCUGCAAGAAGAGCAAUGCACUUAACCACUAUCUCUCCAUCUCUCCUAAUAAAUGUCAUAUGUGCGAUUUGGCUAUUUCUUUAUGGUAAGUGGUGUAUGGUGUGGAAGAGUUGGUAUUCAACCCUUAAUUCUGCUACUUCCCAGCUGUGUGGUGUUGGACAAGUUACUCUGCUUGGAGAAGCUUCAUUUUCUUCCUUUGUUGAAAGAAAAAAAAAAACCAUGAAACUGCCUUAUGGUGGUGCACAUCUUUAAUUCCAGGACGAGGGGAGUGGGGUUGGGACAGAGGCAGAGGCCCUGUAGGUUUGAGGCCAGUCGGUCCAACUUUAAAAGACAAACCUAUAGUGGCAUAUGCCUUUAAUCCCAGCCCUUGGGAGGCAGAGGCAGAUGGAGUUUGAUGCCAGCCUGGUCUACAGAGUAAGUUCCAGGAUAGCCAGGGCUACACAGAGAAACCCUGUCUUGAAAAAAACAUUCAGAAUUGAAAAUACAACAGUUGUAUAGGAUCUGGCAAGUAGUAGAGAUACCCUGUCUCAAAACAGAAAAUUGUGUGUGUCUGAAUAUAUCCCACUUGGAUACCAGUGUCCUCAGAGGCUGGAAAACAGUUGUUGGGAACCAAACUCCAGUCCUCUGAAAGAAAAUGUUUUUAACUGCUGAGCAUCACUGUCUGUGUGGAAAUAGUUUUGUUAUUUUUUUUUUCUUAAUUGAAACAAGUUCUGACUACUUAUCUCUGCCGACAGACUUAGAAUGUGCUAUAUCACCCAGGCUGGCCUCAAAACUCAAAGAUCCAUUCAAUUCUGAAAUGCUGGGAUUAAAUGGGGGGUACUUCCAUACCAGGCUCAACCCCCCUCUCCCCCUUUUUUUGUUUUUUUGAGACAGAGUUUCUCUGUAGCCCUGGCUAUACUGGAACUCACUAUGUAGACCAGGCUGGCCUCGAACUCAGAGGUGUUUGCCUCCCAAAUGCUGAGAUGUGCCCUACCAUGCCCCAGCUUCAGAACAAUUUCCUAUUUUGUUUUUUUUGUUUUUGUUUUUGUUUUUCUCUUCGAGACAGGAUUUCUCUGUAGUCCUGGCUGUCCUGGAACUCACUCUGUAGACCAGGCUGCCUCCCAAAAAAAUCUGCCUGCCUCUGCCUCCCAAGUGCUGGGAUUAAAGGCGUGCGCCACCACUGCCCGGCAACAAUCUCUUAAUAUACUAUUUUUGUCAGUUUAGGGUACAUUUUUAAUUUUUGAGACCGGGUGUCACAUUAUGUCUAAGUUGGUCUGAAAUGCUAUAAGUGCUAUGAGGCCCAGGCUGUCUUAGCCUCUCAAGGGAUGGUAUUAUAGAUCUGUUGCAAAGUAUUUCUAACCACUGAAGGGCACUAUAGGGCCAUCAGGAUAGCUCAGUGGGCAGGCUGGUAGGGUGGAUAAGCUGUGUGCCACCAUGCCUGACACUGUCCAAUCCCUGGAACAAGGUAGAAGUUGGGGACACUGACCUUUGUAGUCCUGUACAAUUAAUUAAAAUUUUAAACUCCAAAA